CCUGUAGCGAUGGUGGCAAAGCCAACGACAAUUGCAAACAGCUGAUGUGCAUACAGAUGUAAUACAAUUUAUGCAGAGAACAACACUAUCUGAAAAAAGUUCAAAGGCACGUCUGAAAAACAGCACAAAGGCAUUUACAAUGAGCUUCGAAGAUCAGAGACAGGCCAAACGACUACGAGGGGUGCUACUAAAAUGUGGCGGCUUUUCCAGCCAGUUGGCAAACAAUGUCAGUGAAAAGGUGGACGGCGAUCCUUUGUGGGGCUCUCGAUUCGAUUGGACCCAUCCGUCGGCGGUGGUUCAAACCCAUCUAGACUUUCUGCUCUGUGGAGCCGAUAUUAUAUUGAGUAACACGUACCAGUCCAGCGUAGAUGGCUUUAUCAAGUACCUGGGGCUGACUCGUGAGCAGAGCAUCGAUUUGAUGGCCAAAAGUGUGCAUCUGGCGCAGCAGGCCAGGGAGCUGUACAUGGAGCAGCUGGCGCCGGGUUGUGGACACCUUGAGCCAGGUCUGCCAUUAGUAUUGGCAUCUAUUGGACCCUAUGGUGCGCACCUACACGACGGAUCCGAAUAUAGUGGCGGAUAUGCAGACAAAGUGACCAAAGAGCAGCUGCAAAAAUGGCACAGCACACGCAUUGAUACGUGCCUUAAACAGGCAGGAGCUGAUGGACUUGCUGUGGAGACUAUACCUUGUCAGAUAGAAGCUGAGGCCGUCACAGAUCUCAUACUGCGUGAACACAAGGGCGUCAAAUUCUGGGUGUCGUUUCAGUGCAAGGAUGAAGUGAGCCUUGCCCAUGGUGAAUCUUUUGCACAGGCAGCUCUCUCUAUUUGGCGUAUUGUCCAAUCGCAUAACGCCCAGUCUUGCUUACUGGGAAUCGGCGUCAACUGUGUAAAUCCUUCCUUUGUAAGCCCACUAUUCAUAUCCCUUAAUGCCGCAGCCGGCGAAGAGCGCAUUCCUCUGAUCGUUUACAGCAAUAGGGGCGAGACCUAUGACAGCGACAAGGGCGAAUGGAUUGCCGGUGAGGACCUAAAACCUCUGGUCGACUAUGUGCCCGAGUGGUGCAGUCUAGGUGCCUGCAUUAUAGGAGGCUGCUGCCGCGUCUACCCGGCCGAUAUUCUACAAAUGCGCCAAUGCAUUGAUAACAUUGGCAAUAACAACUAAAUGACGCGACGCCGAUGCUAACGUUGACAGUGACACUGACGUCGGCGUUGUUCAUUGAUAGAUGAUAUACAUAUGUAUGUAUAUGUAUAUUCUAUAUUUAGUUAAAUAAAUAGUUCUAUACCUUGACCCAUAUACAUAUACAUAAGUUCUCUCAAUAAACAUAAAUAUGCCCUUUGUUAUAAUUCUA